GUGACAAUAUCUCGCGGCACCUGUUGUCCCUGGAUGUGCCUGCUCGCAGAAGGGCGCAUUAAAAACGGCACAUUUCCCCCCCUGUGCACUUCGAGGCCUCAUCUGACGAGCACGGUGUCGAGUCGGUGCCAGAGGCAGCCUCCGCUAUAGUGCACGUAUUUUCGCUUCUGGAGCUGUCAUUCCAAUGGUAUCGAAAGACGGUGCCUUGAAGGUACUAAAAGUGCGACGAUUGCCCAUGGACGUCGCUACACAAUGCGACAAGCCACCGGGAAACCAGGCAGAGGCUCCAGCGGGUGACGAUCGCCAUUGGCCUUCGGUGAUGGCUGAGCAAUGGCGGCGUCGGCGGCGGCGGCGCUGGCCGUGGAUGAGCAGCUCGAUCAACGAAGACUCCGAUGGACGCCUGCACAUAUUCCUCGCCGAAUUGGCCGCCGCGCUGGGGGCCACCUCUUACGGCCUUUCCGUCGGGUACUCGUCUCCGGCGCUGCCGGACAUGCGGGAACGGAUGCACUUAACCGAGAGCCAGAGCAGUUGGUUCGGAUCGCUGCUAAACAUUGGCGCGCUCAUCGGAGGGCUGCUCGGGGGACUGUCUAUCCGGUACCUGGGGCGGCGGUACACCCUCCUGCUCACCGCUGCCUUCCACAUAGCUGGAUGGAUCCUGAUAGCUACGGGCACAGCGGUCUGGAUGCUGUUGCUGGGACGGACACUCACGGGACUGGCAACGGGUAUUGUUGCCCUAACCGUGCCCGUCUUUGUUUCCGAGGUGAGUCCCAAAGAGAUACGGGGUCUCCUGGACACCGUGUGCACGAUGGCGAUCACAUUCGGCAUCCUGAUGGCCUACGUAAUGGGCAAGUGGCUGCACUACGAUGUGUUAGCAGCAGCAAGCAUCAUCCCGGCUGUCGCCAUGGCCGUAGUCUUGCCCCUGCUUGCCGGAUCACCCCGCUGGCUGCUGCAGGUGGGACGCCAGGAUUCGGCGCUCAGGGCCCUCCAGUUCUAUCGCGGCCCGGACGUGGCCGUAGAGUUCGGAGCUAUGCAUGAAGCCGUGACCGCCGACGCUGAAUCCCCACUUACCCUGGCCGAGCUGGGGAAGCCCUGGGUGUACAAGCCAUUUCUGUGCACCCUGUGCGCGUUCUUCUUGCAGCAGUUCUCCGGCAUCGUGGUCAUGCUCUUCUACACGCACGACAUCUUCGCCACUGCCGGUACAGGAUUGUCGGCGGCGGACAGCACCAUCGUCGUGGGUGCCGUGCAGGUGGUGUGCGUAGGCCUCGCCACGCAGCUUACGGACCGCCUUGGUCGUCGGCCCCUGAUGCUGUUCUCGUUAGCGGUGUCCGGAGUCAGCCUCGUCAUCCUGGGCUGCUUCUACCACUUCAAGCGAACACUGGGACCCAGCUUCGUGCACUCUUACGGCUGGCUGCCUCUGUUCUCUCUGUGCCUGUACUUCUUGGGCUUCUCCGUGGGCCUGAGCCCGCUGCCGUCGAUACUCAUGGGCGAGAUGCUACCGCUGCGCCUCAAGGCUGUCGCCACUAGCCUCCUCAUAUUCUUCUACUUCUCCUGUGGUACGCUCAUCGCCAAGGAGUACAACGAUAUGCUGGCGUUGGUGGGCGAGGAUGGCGUCUACUGGUUCUACGCGAGCUUCAUGGCCGUGGGCUUCGUAUUGACGGCUGCUUUCCUACCGGAAACGAAAGGAAAGACCCUCGAAGAGAUUGAAGAGAUCUUCGGCUCCCGCCGGUCUGAACUCGAAGAGUCCGAAGACUAGCGACUCGGUGAAUUGCGCCCUUCGAAUGCAUGCAGCGUGAAGACCGAUCGAAGAGGAGAAAUUGUGAGGCAGGACGUCGAGUUCUUUGUCCUGUUGCGUUUUACACUGUACAACCACGAGCCAAUCAGACCAAUUAAUUCUAGUCGACAUUUCUUGUUCACUCCUCCCGAUGAAGCCUGUUCUCGCAAACGCUGUUCAGAUGGCCGCGCCUUUGGAAAUCUCAGGGCUUCUGCAGCAGGUUUCAAGGGCACGGACGCUGUUACAUUUACAUCAAGAAUUGAUGCGUGUCGAGCGCUUUUGUGUUUUCGCCCCAGUAUUACCUGGACUGCUGAGAAAAGUUUUCACCCGCACCUGUAGCCUCCGACUGAUGAACAGUCGAAUGGACCCACUGCCUGCUUUUAUUGUACAAUCAGUGCGUGUGUGUUGAUUUUGUACGUUAUUUCGUAAUGUAACUUUAUGCGUGUCGAGCGUGAACUUCGGCAAUGCGUACAACACGGAGUUCUGCAUCAUUUGUGCUUCAUACAUUCCAUGUUUUCGCCGGUGGGGCAGCCGGUGACACUGCUACGAUUAUACUGCUACGCUACCUAUCUGUGGGGAGCUUUUCUAGUGGACACCUAACACUAUAUACUGCAUAAAUAUGUUGAUAAUUAAUAUAGUUUUAUAUAUAUAUUUGUACCCAAUGUGCCGCGCCGUGCUCGCGUUCUCUAAUGAUCCCUUUUGCUUUUUGUGCAUAGGAUUUUGCAUAAUUUUGCAAAGCUAGCGGUUUGGGUCCGCAAACUUCGGUGCUCAAAAUCUAAAACACCUUAUCUUACUAAGGAGCAUGAAAAUGCGUUCUUUGAUGUGAACUGACAGCAACUCAAGGUGUGUCAUACAUUUUCUUUUUUGUGUGUGUGCGUGUGUGUGUUUUCGUGAAAAGAAAGAUUUGUGUCGUGACGGCUGCCGUUCGGUUAGAGCACAUGUUGCGAGUGGGCAUGCUGUACUAAGUAGAAGCCGAACUGUCGGUUUACACUUAACAUGGUUGCGCGCACUAUGUAAUGCUGUGAUAUAUAUAUAUUUUUUCAUUUCUAAGUAUUGCGCGAAACUGUGGCCACCUGAAUUGCUCAACAAAGUCGUCGGAUGCAAAAGGGAGCUUAAGACGGCUCACAAACGAAAGGUUUGGCGUUAGCCAUUAGCAAAGCAGCAGAUGAGAAACAAAAGCAGACAAAUUGUUCGGCGAGAUUAAGGCGCCGCGACAAGCUAUAAUGACUAACAAGAAAACGCAAGUGAUGACGACGAUCUAGACAUUUUAGACAGUAUAGGCCGCGUAUUGAAGCGUCGUCAAUGUUACGCAAAAGCUUGUUUUAGCACGAUAAGUGGUGGCCCAACCAAAGCAUAGUCUCGAACCAUGGCCGUGUUCAUCAAACUUUUUUUUUUAGGUGUACUGAAUUGAGAAGAUGCAAAACGCGAAGUCACGAAGAUGCGGUGGCGCUGCAGUUAGUGUUGGUGUCAGCAAAACAGAUGACCACGUACAGUCUGUCGUGCGCGAGCGAUCUCUUGGACGUAUUUAAUGGAGUUAAGACGAACCUAAUUGACGUGAGAUCCAUCGCAGGGCAAGACAUAUUUUCAGGAAGUUUUCAGAUAGCUUUAGCGCUGGUGGAUAUAAUUAAGUGUGAGCCGCACAACGAAGCAGCAGCGAAGAAUCGUUGUAUUUUCUUGCUCUUUACCUAACCCUGCUACAUGUCAACUAGACGCCUAGCUAUAUGACACAAUAUGGGUCACAUCGCCCCUUUGUUCCACAUGGGCAGCUUGUCUGUAAUAUGCGGCCUGUAUUCCACCACUGUAAGGGAAAAUUAACUUUGGCUUUUUCCUUUAUGAAAGGAAAGCAGAAGCCGAAUGAGCCAUUACUUUCUUUUCCCGUCUUACGCAUUUUUGAAAAUGUGCUAAAUUUUGUGAAUACUAUCGGCGUUUUCACAUGCUCGUAUACCAUAUGGGUGUAAGUUACACGCAGAAACGUUUGAAACAGGAAACGUGUACAGGACACAUGCACGCGACUUGCAACCGAGAGCUGCGCCAAACGUAGCUCCCACACAUAUAAGCGUGUAGCCUUCGAUACCUAAUUGGUCAUAAAGUAAUGUUCUCGAAACAUUAGCCUUCUCGAGGCUUUCGUGCGCUGAAAGUUUCUGUGAUAGGCUGCAAGCUAUAGCGCGCACGUCCUAUUCAAGUUACAAGGGACAGUUAUUCACUACUGGCUUUCUCAAUUUUCAUGUUACGCUUCUUUAUCAAAACUUACCAUUCUGCUUUGCGCGUGCUAAUGAGCGUGCAAUCUUUUCCUACCGCAGGCAAGCCUGCUUAACAAGGCUCCCAGACGUCACUGAGCGUUUGUGCCAUUCGGUCUAUUUUCGGCUCUUCUUCGCGGCGGGCGCGCGAUGCACUUGUCAAUUUGCAUUUUAAAGUGGCGCAACAACGACGCUUCCUGCUUCUGCAGAGUUUAAUAAUUUAUACUGUUAUUAUACCGCUCCUCGAAGGGUCGCUGACUGCAGCCGAUUUACAUUGCCCGAUCGCCCAAAUUUCCCAUGAUACCAUAUAUGACAGCAGCCGCAAAAUACGACGCGACGUUACCGACACUGAAACUGCAUCAGGAGUUUAUAGCUUGAUUACUUAUACCAGAUGCGUAAAGAGUGUGUAGCUGUGUUGAGAACUCUCACACCAUACAUUUUAUUUUGCAGAUUAAGCGCGCACAGCUUAUAGCGCCAAGCCAAAAGCGCACGAAUGCAUGCCACAGAUUGUUUCGUGUGUUGCGAAAUGCGGAGUGCUUGAAAAUAAAACGGGUAAUUACUUGCCAAU